GCGCACCUGCUGGGCUGCAUCCUCGUGGAGGACUGCCUCUUCUACUGGAUCCACCGCACGCUCCACCACAAGAGCAUCUACAAGUACGUCCACAAGACGCACCACGAGUUCAAGCAGAACGUCGCGCCCGCCGCGGAGCACUUCCACCCGGCGGAGGACGUCAUGAACGUGAUCCCCUUCCUCGCGGGGCCCCUCCUCUUCCGCGUCCACUUCGCCACGCUCCUGCUCUGGGUCGUGGUCCGCGUCCACGAGAUCGUCGACGCGCACAGCGGCUACGGCCUGCCGUGGAGCCCCUGGAGCUACACGCGGCCGAGCGAGCGCCACGAGUUCCACCACAGCCACAACCAGGGCUGCUACGGCUCCUUCUUCCCCUUCUGGGACUGGGCCUUCUCCACGGACGCCCAG